UCACUCAGAGAAGUGGUUCUGCAUUGUGGUAGUAGCAGAGCAAGUUCGCACUCGUCUAGUGAUCACUGAAGAGAGGAAUAGCGAUUGCUAAGAGCAUGGCUGUAGAUCCGAAAACAGCGGAGUCAAUUUACGAAUUCACCGUGACGGAUAUCGAUGGCAAUGAAGUCUGCCUCGAGAAAUACAAAGGGCAGGUUGUUCUGAUUGUCAACGUUGCAUCGAAAUGCGGAUUCACGAAGCAGUACGCCGGACUCGAGGAGCUUUAUCAGAAUUACAAGGAGAAGGGCCUCGCAAUCCUGGGAUUCCCUUGUAACCAAUUUGGAUCUCAAGAACCCGGCUCUGAGGAAGAGAUAAAGGAGUUCUGCUCCCUCAAAUACAACGUGACGUUCGAUUUGUUCAAGAAGAUCGAUGUGAACGGAUCCAACGCUGCUCCACUUUGGGUGUUCCUCAAGAAUCAGCAGCAUGGAUUCUUGCUGGACGCCAUCAAAUGGAACUUCACAAAGUUCCUCAUCAACAGAGAAGGUAAACCCGUGAAACGCUAUGGACCGAAUGAGGAUCCCGCAGGAAUCUCCAAGGAUAUCGAUGGGCUCAUCUGAUUUGAUUUCCCCUUUUGAGGGCGUUCCUGUUUUUAUCAAAUCGGGAAGGCAUUCUGUUCCGUGAAAUCAAAUACGGUACGAAGAAUGCCCGGGCAAACUUUAGGCUUCAAUCGAAGCCAGCGCUAAAACUGAGAAAACUCACUCGUUGCCAUUCGUUUGCACUCAUUGAUCCGAGAUCAGCACUAAUGGCGUCUAUAUCGAUCAUGAGUGAUAAUCUUUAAUAUAUCAGAAUAAACGCAUCUGGCGAUC